AUGGUUCAGCAGGCAGCUACCCAGGCUGCCCAGGCUGCUAUUCAGCAGGUUACGCAGGAAGCUGCUCGUGUAGCUGCACAAGAAGCUGCCCGUGUAGCAGCACAAGAGGUUGCUCGUCAGUUGGCUGCUCGUCAGCAGAUUCCACCGCAGCAAAUUCCACCGCAGCAGAUUCCACCUCAGCAGAUUCCACCUCAGGUUCCGGUGCAGGGGGUUCCAGAACAACAACUUCCUCAGGGUUUACAGCAACCACCACUACCACCACCUCCACCUUUACCGGUUUACCGUGUUUAUGAUGAGAGGUUUUACAGACUUAAGACUCAGAUGCGGAACAUGGAUAUGGAGCAUUUUGGGGGAACAGUGGAUGCUACAGUUGCAUAUGAUUGGAAGCUUGGUAUGCAACGGAAAUUGGAGAUUAUUGAGUGUCCACCAGAGGUUUCACUUAGGUUGGCUAUGCAGUACCUACGUGGAGACGCACUUGUGUGGUGGGAGGGAGUACGAUUGGGCCAUCGUGGGCCUGACCCGCUUACCUUUGUUGACUUCAUCCGUGAGUUCGAUAGGAAAUACUUUCCAAAAGAAGCUAUGGAUAGGAAGAAGAGUGAUUUCGAGCAUGUGAGUCAGGGUGACAUGUCCAUCAGGGAGUAUGAGGUGCAGUUCAAUCGACUUCGCAGGUUUGCAGGAGAUGGCAUUUCUGAGGAAGACCUGAUUAGGAAGUUUUUGGGUGGGAUGCGAGUCGAGAUUCGCAACAGAUGUCGUGUCGUCACUUACCACAGGUUGGGAGAUUUGGUGGAGAAAGCUGCUGAGCAGGAAGCAGGUUUGGCAGAGGAACAAAAACUCCUCAAAUAA